UAACAUGACAUGGAAGGAGAAUCGUAAGUCGUUACUCGUUUUGUAGCGCUGAUGAAGUGCGUACGGCUUCUUGUUAGUUAUCCGGGCAUCGGCAAGUGUUGAGUGUAGAAAAACGAUUCGUUGGAGAAGAAGUCAAAUUUUUGCAACUAUGGGUAGAUACGCCUGGGUUACAUUAGCUACCAAUGACGCUUAUUCUCUGGGGGCCUUAGUUUUGGCACAUUCUCUACGUCGCGUUAAUACCAAGUAUGAAUUGGCUAUCUUAACUGUUUCUCCUGGUGUAUCGCAAAGUAUGAGGGAUAGAUUGUCAAGAGUCUUUUCUGUAGUAAUGGAAGUAGAUAUAUUUGAUUCAAAAGAUGAAGCUAAUUUGGCACUUUUAGCUAGACCAGAAUUGGGUGUUACAUUUACCAAACUGCAUUGUUGGAGAUUGACUCAAUAUGAGAAAUGUGUGUUUCUUGAUGCAGACACACUUGUCAUUAAAAAUUGUGAUGAAUUGUUUGAAAGAGAAGAACUAUCUGCUGCUCCUGAUGUGGGUUGGCCCGAUUGUUUUAAUUCUGGUGUAUUUGUAUACAAACCAUCCCUACAAACUUUUACUAAUCUUACUGCAAUGGCUGCUGAUAAAGGUUCAUUUGAUGGUGGUGACCAAGGAUUACUAAAUAUGUACUUCAGUGAUUGGGCCCGCAAAGAUAUUUCUAAACAUUUACCAUUUAUCUAUAAUAUGUGUUCUACUGCUACUUAUUCUUAUCUUCCUGCAUUCAAACAAUUUGGGGAUGAUGUUAGAAUAAUACAUUUUAUUGGUUCUACAAAACCGUGGUUACAGUAUUUUGAUCCUUUGACUGGUAUUGUUCAACCACUAAGGGGUUCUACACAUCUGCAACCAUUAUUACAAUUAUGGUGGAAUAUAUUUUGUGAAAAAGUUCAUCCUCAGUUAUCAUCUACUAUGGCUGGUCUUGCUGGUGCCUUGGCUGAAAUGACAUUGGGUAGUCCUAAAAGCCUUACACAAAUAGCAUUAGAGGAACGUAUGCGAAAACAGAGUUGGGAAGAAGGUCAUAUAGAUUAUAUGGGUCGUGAUAGUUUUGAUAAUAUCUGGAAAAAAAUUCGCGAAACAGUCGACUUUGUACCACCUCAAUUAUCAUCCCAUCGUAAGGAAAUACAAGAAACACAAAAGCCUCUUAAAACUACAAUUGACAAGACUGAUGAAUGUGUUGAAUCAGCUGAAACUAAUCAAAGCAGUGUUGAAUCUCUAGAUGAAGUGGAUAAAAGACCUGCUCAGGCAACAACCAGUCAUAGUAAAGCACAAUCUCUAGUUAAUAAUGUUCCUAUAACAAACGUACCUAAAUUAUCUGAAGAUCAAAAGAGCAAAAGUGAAAUUCCUCAAAUAUUUUCAACAAAACCAGGAAGUGGAACAUUUAUGGAUUCAUCUUCUACAAAUCUUUCAACACAAGCAUCUCAUAAAGAAGUUGUAGAAUUUAAUACAAGUUCAUUAGUAAAAGAAGAUACACAACAGACAUCUGUACCUAUUAUAUCAUCUAACUUAAUUCAAUCUGGUUUAAUCGAAGAACAAAAAGAAAUUAGCACAACACAAGAAUCGGAAAAUAAAUUAAAGAAUGUAGAAGAUCUUAAAAUUACUGUUGAUAUCCACCAAAUAAAACAACCAGAUAUUAAAAAUGAAAAACAUACAAAACAGUUGUUAACAGCUUCCGAAAUUCUAACAGUUAGCUCUGUUCCAAUUCAAGUUGCAGAAUCUGUAUUACAAAUGGAACCAAAAAAAUCUAUGUCAGAUUUUCAGAUGAUACCACAAGAAAUUCUUCCUUCUACAAUUACAUCAGUACAUUUAACAGAAACAGAAGAUAAAAUACAUAUAAAUAGUCCGACAUCAUCAAAAAAUGACUUUGCACAAGAUAAAGAAAAAUUAAGUUUGGAUAAUACCACAACUAUAAAGAAUAUUGAUACUGCCAGUAAAUUAAAUGAAUCGUUAUUAAAAUUGGAAGAAACUUCACAAAUGUCAUUGCCUGUAGAGAAAAUUCAACCUCAACUUACAGAAAUAUCUGUAUUAUCUUCUGGAAACUUAGAAACACCAGAGAAACCAAUGCAAACAGAAACAAUAGAAUUAGAACAACAAAGUACAGAAGAUGAAUGCUGCAUAAAAGAAACAAUAAAAUUAACUGAUAUUCUAACAGAAUAUGAAGUAACUAAACCAUCAUCAGGUAAAACUCCAGUUAGACCUUCAAGAACAAAAGAAUUAAAUGCACCUUUAACAAGUGUUCCAAAAACGGCACAAUCAGACUCAGCAGACCAAGAAAAAGUAGCUAAGAAACCCAUACAAAAAUCAAUAUCAGAAGGAAAACCUAUAGAAACAACUGAUGGUGAUGGUACUGAAAAAAAAGUAGCAAAAAAGAUAAUGAAAAAGGUUACAAGGAAAACAAAAACAAAAUCAGAGGAAGGAUUGGAAGAUGGUGCAACAGACAGUAGUUCUUCCAGUAAACAAAAAAAAUCUGUAAAAGUGGUUAAAAAAGGUGUGAAAGCAUUGCAAACUCCUGUUACUGAUACUGCUGUUUCUGAAACCCCAUCAUCUAGUACUUCUGAUGCACCAAUUCCACCUAAGAGAAAAACAAAAACCACAACUGCAAAAUUAAUUAAAAAAUCUGAUAUAGAACAGUAGUUAUAUUACGAAAGUUGACAAUAAUUAUUUAAAUACUCUACAUGAAAGUUGAAAAACUGAAAAUUAUAAAAAGGAUAAAAGGUGAUACUUACUAGUCUUUCCUAAUUUUUUAUAUUUUUAAUAUAUUUCAAACCGUAU